GCCCGCUGCAGCUCUCCGCCAGCAACCUGCAGGAGAAUCCACAGGCGACGCUGACCAUGUCUCUGGCACAAACUGACUUCUGCAGGAAGAAUGGCUUCGAUCCCCAGAGCCCCCUCUGUGCUCACAUUAUACUGUCAGGAGCUGUGACCAAGGUGAACGACACAGAAGUGGACUUCGCCAAGCACUCGUUGUUCGUCCGACACCCGGAGAUGCAAACCUGGCCUUCCAGCCACAACUGGUUCUUUGCUAAGUUGAAUAUAACUAACAUCUGGGUCCUCGACUACUUCGGUGGACCCAAAAUAGUGACACCUGAAGAGUAUUACAACGUCACACUUCAGUGAAGCGGAACACGCCAGCUACCCGGCACGUGUGAGGUUUCUGGCCUGCCUCCUGCAGACCCGUGGGCCUGCCGUUCCUCUGAAGUCCCCUGGAAUAUCCGCCCGUUUUCUACCUGCUGGUUGGCUUCUUUGCUUGCUUGUGUGGGAACUAAACUCGAUUUCUUGGAAGUUGUAGUUGCCUGAAUUUUUUUUUUCAUAUUUUGAAGCAUUUUUAAAGGAGAAAUUCUUUCAUAUAAUUAAAGAAAAUUAGUUUCAUGGAUUCCAAGUGCUUUGCAGUGGUGCUCCUCGAAGAAGACCAAGUGCAGGUCCGACGGCCAUUGGCAUUUGCAGGUACUGGCAUGAGUCCUUUAUUCCUGGUGGCCGCUGUGCUGGGCACGGGCCCUCGCCCCAGCUACCUCCUGGCUGCUGGUGCCUGGUGCAGAGGGGCCGCCCCUGUUAAAGUGGCCACAUGAUCCUUCCAAAGCGUGAGCCCGGUCGCAGCUCCCUGCUCGUGCCAAGCCACCUGACGGUCCCAGGUGUUGUUGAUCCAACAGUGAGCAGGACUGUUUCUUAUGAGGAACGUUGUAAACUUCUUACAUUUUAAAAUGACACUUACCUAGAACAGAGGUAGUUCAUAGAAACUUCCUGAAUUCUUCCCAAAGAGACACUUGAUAUCAGCCUCCUCCAUUAAAAGCACCCAUGCUCAGUGUUGCCCUAAAAUAGGAUUGUAAAGAAGGAAGGGAGUUUGUGUAUCUCCGCCAUUCUUGUUUGAGUAGAGUAGACUUGGGCCUGAACCAGUUCGGGCCAGGGUUAGUCCCCUGCUCAGCCACUCGCCACAGCCCUGGACGUCCCCCUCGGCAGCCACCUAAGCCUACCUGGGUCAUCUACACGUCUGGAUGGCUCCUGAAGCUGCCUUCCCAGGUCAGGCCACCUGAGGGAAGAGACGGCAUUGAAAGUCACCUUUCAGGAGAGAAGCCACCACUUAGUUUGAGAUUCUCUUAAAGAGGUGUCAGGAUUCAGCAGGCUGCUGUAUCCCAAAGUGGCAAACAGAAAAGAAUGUGAUUCAUCGUGUUUGAAAACUAGAAAAUGGACUGAAAUCCAGCAAACAGCUUCUGUUCAAAAAACUGAUUUGUAUCAAGCUCAAUAAAAUAGUCUUUUUCAAAGCAU